AUGCUGACUAAAAGCUACAUUGUCCUCUAUAUACAUGCUGAUUCAGUAUUGGUGGUUCAGAGUUAUUUUUUGAGAAUGGGGUUUUCAUCUCUCAUUAGUGUUCUCCUCUUGCUAUUGCCUGCACUGUCUUCCUCCCAGUAUCUUGGGAACAUCCUUCUAACUAAUCGUAAGAUAUUCCCCAUACAAGAAGAAGCCGUUACCUCUUACGCUGUGAUUAUUGAUGCUGGUAGCACUGGGAGUCGUGUACAUGUCUUCCAUUUUGACCAGAGCUUAGAUCUACUUCGCAUUGGCAAUGAUCUUGAGUUCAGUGGAAAGGUCACACCCGGUUUGAGUUCUUAUGCCGAUGUUCCCAAAAAAGCAGCAGAAUCACUGAUUCCACUCUUGGAUGCAGCUGAAAAUGUUGUCCCUGAGGAUCUACACCCAAAGACACCCCUUAAGCUUGGGGCAACAGCGGGUUUAAGGCUGUUGGAAGGGGAUGCUGCUGAAAAUAUACUGCAAGCGGUCAGGGAUAUGUUCAAGAACAGGAGUACUCUGAACGUUCAGGCAGAUGCAGCAACCAUUAUUGAUGGGACCCAAGAAGGGUCAUAUCUUUGGUUGACAGUUAACUAUCUAGUGGGGAAGUUGGGAAAAAAGUUUAGUAAGACAGUGGGAGUAGUUGAUCUUGGAGGUGGAUCAGUUCAAAUGACAUAUGCUGUCUCAAGGAACACAGCAAAAAAUGCACCAAAGGUACCCGAUGGAGAAGAUCCAUACAUAAAGAAGAUGUCUGUCAAGGGAAAAAAAUAUGAUCUCUAUGUUCACAGUUACUUGCGUUUUGGUAGAGAAGCAUUUCGUGCUGAGACUUUGAAGGUCACUUAUGGAUCUGCUAACCCUUGCAUCUUAGCUGGGUUUAAUGGGACCUACACAUAUUCAGGAGCGGAGUAUGAAGUAUACCCUCCAAUUUCAGGGCCCAGCUAUGAAGCAUGCAGAGAGCUAGUCCUUGAGACUCUCAAAGUGAAUGAGCCAUGUUCGCAUCCCAAUUGCACUUUUGGUGGUAUAUGGGAUGGGGGAAGAGGAAGUGGACAGAAAACUAUCUAUGCUACUUCAUCAUUCUUUUACCUGUCCCAAGAUGUUGGUAUGUUUGAUGCAAAAGCACCCAAUGCCAGAGUUCGUCCUGCAGAUUUUGAGAGUGCAGCUAAGAAAUCUUGUGGACUAACAUUUGAAGAUGCCAAAACCGCUUAUCCUCUUCUUUCAAACGCAAGAAUUCCGUAUGUGUGUUUGGAUUUAACAUACAUGUAUUCUUUGCUGGUUAAUGGAUUUGGCCUGGAGCCUCUGCAAGAGAUCACAGUGGCAAAUAAAAUUCUAUACGAGGAUGCUUUAGUGGAAACAGCAUGGCCUCUUGGCACUGCCAUAGAAGCCAUAUCAGCAUUGCCUAAAUUUGAAAGGUUUAUGUAUUUUAUGUAA